ACCCUUGUACGCUACCACCCCGUUGCUGCUUUGCGGCCUCAUGAGCUCUUGCUGUGAUGGGUCAAACUAAACCCUAAUGCAACGUCCAAUUCGAACUACUUGUUGAGAUCGGCCUGUCUUUUCGCCGUUUUGAAGGCUUACACACCAACUUUAACCUUACCAGAGAUUGAUUGCCUGAUAUUGGCCACCCAACCGCAGAUCUUCACAAUUUUGAUAUCAGAACAUUGAAUUUCACCUGCCACAUCUUUACCAUAUCCCUCCCAAACAGGAAUCCAGACGGGGCUCUUGGCUUGCAACGUCCAAUAGCAUCCCAAGAACUGAAUUCACUAUUCCACAGCAUGAGAUUUCCGAUAGCAAGAACGAUUCAUAAGUACUUAGUGAGGCCUGCUUCUCAGGUUUCAGCAAUCUUGAUGAGGUACCAGAGAUUACCGACCAGCGAAGAAGCUGAAAUGGCGAACGAGACUCUUAAUAACGACCCUGCUCCCUCAAAUGAAAACGAUGGUGAACCUGAUGUCAAAGACGGAAAUGUCAACAAUGAUUACACACAACGGUCGGAAGUUGAGAGUCUAAAUUUGACUGCGAUACCACCUGGAACAAUCGAUCCAAUAUAUGAAGCAAAAGCUCGAGUCUUAAAUGAAGCUAUUCAAGAUAUUGGCAUGGGAUGGUAUCAAUGGCAACUAUUUGUUGUGGUAGGAUUUGGCUGGGCGAAUGAUAACUUGUGGCCAAUUGUUACAUCACUUAUAUUCACGUCGAUUACCAAUGAAUUCUCGCCCAAGCACCCGCCUCUACUCACUUUAGCUCAGAAUAUUGGUCUUCUGGCUGGUGCUAUGUUUUGGGGUUUUGGUUGCGACAUUUUCGGUCGACGUUUAGCUUUUAAUGCUACGCUUGGUAUCACCGCUGUUUUUGGAUUGAUUGCUGCCGGUUCACCAAAUUUUGCCGCUAUUGGAUGUUUUGCUGCUCUGUGGAGUUUUGGUGUGGGCGGGAAUCUUCCCGUCGAUUCAGCAGUUUUCCUCGAGUUUCUUCCUGGUUCUCAUCAAUAUCUUCUUACUGUUCUUUCAGUCGAUUGGGCCGUAGCUCAAGUUAUCGCGAAUUUAAUUGCUUGGCCUCUCUUGGGAAACCUCACGUGCCAAGAAGGUUCAACAUGCACUCGAUCACAGAAUAUGGGAUGGAGAUAUUUUCUUAUCGUUAUGGGAGGCAUCUCUAUGAUUGAGUUCUUCAUUCGUUUCACGUGUUUUACGAUAUUCGAAAGUCCGAAAUAUUUGAUGGGAAAAGGAAGAGAUGAAGAUGCAGUUAAGGUUGUGCAGGAAGUUGCGAGGAGAAAUGGGAAACAGUCAAAUUUGACUGUCACCCGUCUCCAAGAUUGCGGCACCCUUCCUCAUAUCAACGCCUCGGCAACCUUGUCAAGAAAACUCCAUCAAAUGGACUUAUCUCAUGUUCGUGCCUUAUUUGCGACAAGGAAGCUGGCCUUCUCUACAGGUUUGAUUAUGCUCGUGUGGGCAUUUAUUGGUCUUGGAUAUCCACUCUAUAACGCAUUUCUUCCGUAUAUCCAAGCCACUCGAGGUGCUGAAUUUGGAGAUGGAAGUACAUAUUUGACGUAUCGCAACUCUUUGAUUAUAUCAGUGCUUGGGAUUCCUGGAGCUCUUAUUGGUGGUUACCUUAUUGAGGUACCAAGUUUGGGUAGAAAAGGAACUCUCGCUCUUAGUACAACAGCGACUGGAGUAUUCUUAUACGCUUCCACCACAGCCAUGACGUCUACUGCAUUAUUGGGUUGGAAUUGUGCUUUUAACUUUUGUUCCAAUGUGAUGUAUGCUGUUUUGUACGCAUACACACCGGAAAUAUUUCCUACGAAAGAUCGCGGUACGGGCAAUGCUCUUACCGCGACUUCGAACAGAAUAUUCGGCAUUAUGGCUCCGAUUAUUGCAAUGUUCGCCAAUCUCGAGACUUCAGCGCCAGUUUAUACAAGCGGGGCUCUUUUUAUUGCAGCAGGACUGUUGGUGUUGAUAUUGCCAUAUGAAAGUCGGGGAAAGGCCAGCUUAUAAACCGGAAUAUGAAGCCCGUAUUCAUAUGGCAUUUCUACCUUUUAAUCCUGCAGAACAACAAAAUUCAUAUUAGUAAUCAGUAUUGAUCAACAAUUCGGGUCUUGGAAAAAAGAAGCUCGGCUCAUUGUCGAAACUUCUUGAGAAUUAUAAUUUGACAUUACCCUCAUUCUAAUCUUGUCUAGUGAAUACAGGUAUAGUGUCAAUAGAACAAGCGACUUCAAUCUCAUGCCCUCCCUCCCAAGAUUUAUCUGUCUCUUGACCAACCAGAGACCAAGAUGUUCCCGCUGGAAGAUAAACCUUGAUAUCCUUUGCCCCAGCCUCAAACACAGGACAAACCAAAUACUUUGGCCCAAACAUAUAUUGUUCCUCGAUUUCCCAGCAUUUCUUAUCCUCCGGGAACUCAUAAAAUAGAGUUCUCAUAACUGGACUUCCCUUUUUACUAGCCUCUUUCAUCAACUCCCUAGUAUAAUCCCUCAUCUCUUCUCGAAUCAUCAUGUAUUUCUUACAAAUUCCAUAAACCUCUUCCCCAUAAGACCAAACCUCAUUAUCCGCACCACUCAAACAAGUCGAUCCACCUCCCUCUCCCACCUGUGGCUGUUUAGGUUCCCGAUCCCCAUGUAAUCUCAUAACUGGACAGAAAGUCCCCCAUUGAAACCACCUCACAAACAAUUCCCUAAAAGCCGGAUCAGUUGGAUCUCCUCCAUGAAAACCCCCAAUAUCAGUCGUCCACCAUGGGAUUCCCGCAAGUCCCAUAUUUAAUCCAGCAGUAAGCUGAUUGCGGAAUGAAGACCACGAGGAAGCUAUGUCGCCGCUCCAGACCAGCGCGCCGUAUUUUUGGGACCCGGCCCAUGCGCAGCGGAGAAGAUUCACGAUGUUGGUUUGCCCCGAGGCGGACAUGCCCUCGUAGAAGGCCCGGGCGUAUUCGACGGGGUAGGUGUUGCCGAUUGAGAGGUUGGUGCCUCGAUGGUAGCGAUAGUUGUCGAAAUCGUAGGCUGUAUAUUCGGGUUCUGGGCGGCAGCUAACCAAAAAACUUUAAUUCCCUUCUCAUAAUAAUUCUUCUUCGCUUGUUCCCAUAUAAAUUUCCUCGCCCCCGGAUUCGUUGCAUCGAAAUGAAUCGUAUCGCCUUCAAAAUCCAUCACAAUCCUAAUGCCCCGAUCGGUCCUUACCAAAUAACCUUUCUCCAGCAUCUCUUCGAAAUUCUCCGACCGCGUAUCCACCGUCGGCCAGAUCGACACCAUAAGUUCAAUCCCCAUCUCCUUCAAUUCCCCAAUCAUCGCAUCCGGAUCCGGCCAAAAGUUCUCAUCAAAUCUCCAAUCUCCCUGACGCGGCCAGUGAAAGAAAUCAAUCACGAUAAGAUCAAUCGGUAACUCUCUCUUCUUGUAUUCACGCGCUACUUGCAAGAGUUCUUCCUGCGUCUGAUAGCGCAAUUUGCAUUGCCAGAACCCCAGUCCGUAUUCGGGCAUCAUGGGAACCUUUCCCGUGACGUCUGAAUAGCGAUGUACGAUUUCCGCCGGGGAAGCACCAGCCACAACCCAAUAAUCGAGAAAAGAAGUAGAAUACGCUUCGAAGCUCAUGAUAUUUUUUCCAAACACCGCGCGUCCGAUUGCGGGAUUGUUCCAGAGGAAUCCGUAGCCAAGAGAGGAGAUGGCAAAGGGGACGCUGGCUUGGGAAUUUCGAUGCGCGAGCUCGAGAUCCAGACCCUUGAGAUCGAGAUACGGUUGUUGGUAUUGUCCCAUGCCGAAUAUCUUUUCGUGCUUGUCCUGCGAUUCGAAGCGUUGGGUUAGAUGAUGCGUUGAGCUGCCGCCGGGAUUGGGUUUGAAUUCCCGGGCUUCGACAUUUAUGGCGGAACAUUUGGGGUCGGUGACGUCGAGACGAUGACGUGCGUAUUCCUCUAGGAGAAUUUUGCCCUCGCCGUUGUAGAUGAUUAUCUUCCCCCGAGAGGAAACUGUUGCACGGAUGGAUCCAUUAGUGAUUGAUGCUGAUUUGUCUUCGAUUUUGAUAGUUGGUAUUGGAGAGUCGAUUUCUUGGAGCGCCCAGAGUUCAGAGGGAUCGGGAUAUUGAGAUUCUUUGGUAGAACGUAUUCGGAAUGCAUUUGGUCCCCAGGAAUCAAUCCAGAGUUCUUCGGCAUCGUAGCGAUAUAUUAGACGGUUGCCUUCGGAGUAGAGCAUUGUUCCUGAGUAUCGAUAUAGACUUUCUUUGAAAUUGAAGGAAGAAAGCGCAUACAACGAUAGCUGAGCUCCUUUUAAGCUUAAUCACUUUGCUUCCUGGAUUGAUGGU